AUGGUCCUUCAGGAUCUCGGGCGGCGUAUCAACUCCGCCGUCAAUGACCUCACGAGGUCUAACAACCUCGAUGAGAAGGCAUUCGAUGACAUGCUCAAAGAGAUCUGUGCUGCACUUCUCUCUGCUGAUGUAAACGUUCGACUUGUCCAGACACUACGCAAGUCCAUAAAGUCCAGCGUCAACUUCUCCUCACUCCCCGCCGCCGUCAACAAGAAGCGUCUGAUCCAGAAGACUGUCUUCGAUGAGUUGGUGGCUUUGGUCGACCCUCAUGCGCAGCCCUUCCGCCCCAAGAAGGGGCGUCCCAAUGUGAUCAUGUUUGUCGGUCUUCAGGGUGCGGGUAAGACGACUACUUGUACGAAAUUGGCCCGUCACUACCAAACACGCGGGUUCAAGACGGCGCUGGUCUGCGCAGAUACCUUCCGUGCCGGUGCCUUCGACCAACUGAAGCAGAACGCAACCAAAGCCAAGAUCCCGUAUUAUGGUAGCUUGACCCAGACCGAUCCCGCCAUCGUUGCGGCGGAGGGUGUUGCCAAGUUCAAGAAGGAGCGAUUCGAUAUCAUUAUCGUGGAUACCAGUGGUCGUCACCGCCAAGAGGAGGAGCUGUUCACCGAGAUGACCCAGAUUCAAAAUGCCGUCACCCCGGACCAGACCAUCCUGGUUCUUGACGGUACUAUCGGUCAGGCUGCGGAGUCCCAAUCGGCUGCUUUCAAGGAGACUGCUGACUUUGGUGCCAUCAUUAUCACCAAGACCGAUGGUCACGCUGCAGGUGGUGGUGCUAUCUCCGCUGUUGCUGCUACACAUACCCCUAUCAUCUUCCUCGGUACUGGUGAGCACAUGAUGGAUCUCGAGCGAUUCGAGCCGCGCGCAUUCGUUCAAAAGCUGCUUGGUAUGGGCGACGUGGCUAGCCUUGUGGAGCAUGUGCAAGCUGUCACCAAGGACUCCGCCGCGGCCAAGGAGACCUACAAGCACAUCGCUGAGGGUAUCUACACGCUGCGUGAUUUCCGUGAGAAUAUCACCUCGAUCAUGAAGAUGGGCCCUUUGUCCAAGCUAUCCGGCAUGAUCCCUGGUCUCUCGAACCUGACCCAGGGUCUGGACGACGAGGACGGUUCGCUGAAGUUGCGCCGUAUGAUCUACAUUUUCGACAGUAUGACCGCCGCCGAGAUUGACAGCGACGGCAAGACCUUUGUCGACCAGCCCAGCCGCAUGGUUCGCAUCGCCCACGGUAGCGGUACUACCGUUCGCGAGGUCGAAGACCUUCUCUCCCAACACCGUAUGAUGGCCGGUAUGGCCAAGCGGGUUGGUGGCCAGAAGAAGCAGAUGCAGCGGGCACAGAACAUGCUCAAGGGCGGUAACAACCAGCAGCAGCUCGCCGCCAUGCAGAAGCGGAUGGCUGCCAUGGGUGGCGCCGGUGGAAUGGGUGGAAUGGGCGGUAUGCCUGGUAUGGGCGAUAUGGCCAAAAUGAUGCAGAUGAUGGGUGGCGGCCAGGGUGGCGGCGGUAUACCCGGCCUUGGAGGCAUGGAUCUGCAGAGUAUGAUGAGCCAGAUGGGUGGGUUGAUGGGAGGCAUGGGCGGUGGUGGCGGCGGAGGUGGUGGCGGUGGUGGACGUGGACGCGGACGGUAG